GAGGGGGGCUGCCAGGCGGUGGCCGACCGACCGGCCGGCUGGAGGGAGGGCGGGCGGGAGGGAGGGAUGCCGGGGCCGGGCGCCGGGCACAAAUGAAGGCUCAGCACCGCCGGGGCGCCCUCCCGCAUCCCUCCCGCAGCAGCAGCAGCAGCGCCGCCUGCAUCGCCUCCCCCACCUGCUGCAAAGCCAGGAUCUGUAGGAUCCAAGGGUAAACUUCUCUUCCUUCCUGAGGAGGCCCCUGGGUGCCCCUCCCCACCCCUCUUGGCAUGAUGAUGUGCGAAGUGAUGCCAACCAUCAAUGAGGACAACCGCCGUGGCUCGGCCUAUGGGGCCGACGACGCCAACUUCGAGCAGCUUAUGGUCAACAUGCUGAAUGAACGUGAACGGCUGCUGGAGACACUGCGGGACACGCAGGAAAGCUUGGCCACCUCCCAGCUCCGCCUGCGUGAACUCGGGCAUGAGAAAGAGUCCCUGCAGCGCCAGCUCAACAUUGCUCUGCCACAGGAAUUUGCUGCACUUACUAAGGAGCUAAACUUAUGCCGGGAACAACUGUCAGAGCGUGAAGAAGAGAUCUCAGAGCUGAAGGCAGAACGAAACAACACACGGCUGCUGCUAGAACACCUAGAAUGCCUUGUCUCAAGACACGAACGCUCCCUCCGCAUGACGGUGGUGAAACGUCAAGCCCAGUCACCGGCUGGGGUCUCCAGCGAAGUGGAGGUGCUGAAGGCCCUCAAGUCUCUCUUUGAACAUCACAAGGCCCUGGAUGAGAAGGUUCGAGAACGGCUGCGUGUAGCAUUAGAGCGAGUCGCAGUACUGGAGGAAGAACUGGAGAUGUCCAAUCAGGAGUCUCUCUCCCUUCGCGAGCAGCUUGCCCGACGCCGAUCUGGUUUAGAUGAUCCCAGCAAAGAUGGAGACGGUCAGAUUUGUGCCAAUGGAUCUGGCUCGCUUGACUUGGGACGCGGUGGCCGGGAAUCUGAACUAGAGGAGGUCUUGGAGCGCCAGCGCGGAGAGCUGUCCCAGCUGAAGGAGAGGCUCACCAUGCUCUGCCGGCAGAUGGCAGAACUGGAAGAAGAGCUGGCCACAGCCCAGAGGGACGUCAUCAAGUCUGAGGAGAUAAACGCCAAGUUGCAAAGAGACCUCAAGGAGGCAUUGGCCCAGCGGGAGGACAUGGAAGAACGGAUCACCACCUUAGAGAAACGCUACCUGAGUGCUCAGAGGGAGGCAACCUCUCUACAUGACGUCAAUGACAAGCUGGAGAAUGAACUGGCCAGUAAGGAAUCACUGUACAGACAAAGUGAGGAAAAGAACAGGCAGCUACAAGAUUGGUUGGAAGAUGCCAAGCAGAAGCUCCAGCAGACCCUUCAGAAAGCUGAGACCUUGCCUGAGAUAGAGGCUCAGUUAGCCCAGCGGGUGGCUGCCCUCAACAAGGCAGAGGAACGCCAUGGGAAUUUUGAGGAGCGCUUACGUCAACUUGAGGCUCAGCUGGAAGAGAAGAACCAAGAGCUGCAGCGGGCCCGCCAAAGGGAAAAAAUGAAUGAUGAGCACAACAAGAGGCUCUCAGAAACGGUAGAUAAGCUGCUUUCUGAAUCCAAUGAGCGUCUUCAGUUGCACCUCAAGGAACGGAUGGGAGCCUUGGAGGAGAAGAACACCCUGAGUGAGGAAAUUGCCAACAUGAAGAAGGUUCAGGAUGAACUCUUGGCAAAUAAGGAGCAGCUGCUGGCUGAGAUUGAGAGGAUGCAAAUGGAGAUUGACCAGUUGCGUGGACGUCCAGUCUCUACCUAUUCCCGGUCUCUGCCGGGCAGCGCGUGGGAGCUGCGUUACUCCCAGGCACCCACGCUGCCCGUGGGGGCCCACGUGGACCAUUACAGCAGUGCUGGAGUGGCAAGACGUUCAAAGAAGGGCCGCUGGACUGUCAAGGAUGAAGCUACCAAGGAGUGGGAGAGAGCUCAGCAGGCAGCAGCCGGAGCGAGUUUUGAGAGUGGGCUAGACGGCUCCGACGAAGAUGAACGCGACCCCUUGUUCAGCUCAGCCGACCUGCUUUCCCCCAGCGGGCAGGCUGACGUGCAAACCUUGGCCAUCAUGCUACAGGAACAGUUGGAAGCCAUCAAUAAAGAAAUCAAGUUGAUCCAGGAGGAAAAAGAAUCCACAGAACAACGGGCAGAGGAAAUCGAGAGCCGAGUGACUAGUGCCAGCUUGGACGGUUCCCUCGGCCGCUACCGCUCAGGCGCUUCCAUCCCUCCCUCCGUCACCAGCUCCACCCUGGCCAGCCCUUCUCCCCCCAGCAGUGGCCACUCCACCCCCCGCUUGGCGCCCCAUAGCCCUGCUCGCGAUGGGGAAAAAAUGAACCACAUUGCCAAGGAUGAAGGGAGAGGGUCUGACGAAAAGGCCCUGGCACUCUGUGAGCCCCCGGCUCCCUCCACCCCCCGCACAAUGCGCCUUGAACGCAUGACCCAGGCCUUAGCCCUGCAGGCUGGAAGCCUGGAAGACGGGAGAGAGCUCAGGACCAGUAUGGGAGCAGAGGGCACUAACAGCAGCCAGGAUUCCUUACACAAAUCCACCAAGAAGAAGAGCAUCAAGUCCUCCAUUGGACGCCUCUUUGGGAAGAAAGAGAAAGGGAGAAUGGGACAGUUGGGCCGUGAGUCCCCCUCACUUGCUGGUACACCAUCGGACGAGAUGUCACCUGCAGAUCCUCUGGGCCUUUCUAAGCUGUCUGGACCUGUGGACAAAGACCGUAGGAAUAAAAAGAAGCAUGAGCUUCUAGAAGAAGCUUGCAGACAAGGCUUGCCUUUCGCUGCCUGGGAUGGGCCCACUGUUGUCUCGUGGCUGGAGCUGUGGGUGGGUAUGCCAGCCUGGUAUGUAGCUGCCUGCCGUGCCAACGUCAAGAGUGGUGCCAUUAUGGCCAACCUGUCGGAUACGGAAAUCCAGCGGGAAAUUGGCAUCAGUAACCCCUUGCACCGACUCAAACUGCGCCUCGCCAUCCAGGAGAUGGUGUCACUUACUAGUCCCUCAGCCCCUGCCACAUCCCGUACGUCUACUGGCAAUGUAUGGAUGACGCACGAAGAGAUGGAAUCUCUCACAGCCACAACAAAGCCAGAGACAAAAGAAAUCAGCUGGGAGCAGAUCCUGGCAUAUGGUGACAUGAAUCAUGAGUGGGUAGGGAAUGAUUGGUUGCCCAGCUUGGGCUUGCCUCAAUACCGCAGCUAUUUCAUGGAGUCGCUAGUAGAUGCCCGGAUGCUGGACCACCUAAACAAGAAGGAACUGCGGGGGCAGCUCAAGAUGGUCGACAGUUUCCAUAGGGUGAGCCUCCAUUAUGGGAUCAUGUGCCUGAAACGUCUUAACUAUGACCGAAAGGAACUGGAGAGAAGACGGGAAGAAAGUCAGAACCAAAUUAAAGAUGUGAUGGUUUGGUCCAAUGAGCGUGUAAUGUGCUGGGUUCAAAUGAUUGGGCUGAAAGAGUUUGCCAACAACCUGAUUGAGAGCGGUGUGCAUGGGGCCCUCCUUGCCCUGGAUGACACCUUCGAUUGCAAUGAUUUGGCCCUGCUGCUACAGAUCCCAACGCAGAACACACAGGCUCGCCAAAUGUUGGAAAAGGAAUUUGGGAACCUCAUUACCAUGGGAACAGACAGGCGACUAGAUGAGGACAGUGCCAAGACCUUUAGCCGUUCCCCAUCUUGGCGGAAGAUGUUCCGGGAAAAGGACCUCCGCGGGGUCAGCCCUGACUCAGCUGAGAUGCUGCCAGCCAAUUUCCGCACAGCCUCCGUGGCCUCCAUUACCUCACCCGGGGUGCAGCUUCGAAAGAUGCAGCCAGAGGGGAACUCAUUAGGUAGCCAACGGGCAGACAGUAUGUCAGUGCGAACGUACUCCUGUUAAUGCCAAGACAAUAGAGGCGCUGUCCUGAGUAAGCCGGGCCACCCUGCCUUGGACAGGAGGGCUCCCCACAGCUGCUGCUGCUGCUGCCUCUCUUUCCUCAUCAUGUGCUCCAAUCUGGGCUGUGGAGAGGAGCUGCCGCUGCCGCUGCCAUCACUGCUGCUGCUGCUGCGGAGAAGGAAUAAGGAGUCCAUGGGGAUGCUAAAGAGAGAGAGAGAGAAAGAGAGAGAGAAGAAAGAGCUCCUCCCAACCCUCCUCCUCCUCCUCCUAGCGGUGGUGGCUUGGGGUCACUGGGGAACUCAAGAGACUCAAGCUAAGGAGGAAGGCGCCCUUGCCAAGACUCCUGGGGAAGUGGGGCCUUCAAUUCUGGUGUCUAUGUAUCAUUGUUCCAGGCAGGGGCAUAAGAAUGUGAAUGAAGCUAUACACCCACCCCCAUACCUUACCCUUCACCCCAUCCCACCGCAGCCUGUUCUUUCCACCUCUUCUCUCUAUCCUUCAUGGGCCUGAGGGUUGGGUGAGAGGUGGGCAUCCUUCCUCCCCGUCCUGUUGCCACGGACUAAAUGGCUCAUCUGUCUUGACAACCUGUUUCCUUUCUUGCCCUCCCAUGAGUGCCAAGUCUUCUGUUGGCUCUUCUUCUCCAUCUUCUCUCUUUCUUUUUUUUUGCAUUGCUGCUACAAAGGUGUACUCUGUUUCACCUUUCAAUUUCCAGAAGAGGAUUAAGGUCUUAAAGCCCACUUUUCUCUGCCUCCGUCUCUCUUUCCCUUUCUUUCUCUCUCUCUCUCUUCCUGCCCCCUUCCAGUGCCUCUUCUUCUCAAAAAAAUACAUGGGGGAGGGAGGGGAAGCACUUGGAGAGGGACAGGUUUUCCUCUUUCUCCUCCGAAAUUCCCAACCCACAAUAGGGAACGAGAAGAGAAAUGCUGAAUAAAGAGCCAUGCCCAGCCCUGGCAGUGACUUUCCCCUUGGAGCUGAACUCCAGAGACUUGGGAAGUACUGUCUACGCAGCUGCUGCCUUUACUCAGAAGCAGCUGCAUUUUGGCACAAAUAAGGGAUCCUUUUUGUAAAAAAGCCCGCCUCCGUCAUCUUCUCUCCACCCGCCAUCCAUUUCAGGCUCCCUUUUUUUCUCCAAGGAGAAGAUCUUGGGAUGAUGACAUGAGAAGGUGGCCGGAGAGAGGGGAGGACCCAGGGGGAGAAUCUCCCAACCUCGGCGUCCUGAUGGUGAAGCUACUCCAGCGAACAAAGACAAAUCCUGUUCCAUGAUAGGACAAACACGUAUCCUGGUGGAGUGUGAAAUCUCUAAUUUAUUUAUUUUUUUCUCUCCCACUAAGCAGGGAGCAGGGGAUGGGGAUUUCAGGUCUGAGACGCUCAAACUGGAAGGGGAAGAUCUCGACCUGGAGCGGGCAAUAGACUUUUACAAUAUGGCACACACAGACCCCUCCUCUCCCUCCAAGACUACUGUAAUAUAAGAGUUGUAUUUUCUGUGUAUAUCUGUGCUGUGGAAUCUCGUGUAAAUUGAAUUUCUUUUUCGACCGCUGUUACAAGUUCUCUGUUAAUUUAAUAAUGUGUCCUGUUUCUCCCCCCCACCCCCCUCUCCCCUGCACGCCCAUAAUUUUCAUUUGAUGUUUAUACUUUCUGCCUUCUUUUUAAUUUUAUUUUAAUGUAUUUUUCUUCCUGGGGAGGGUGUGCGGGGGUGAGGGGCAAACCAAAGGGGGUUGUUUUGCAUGAAAGUGGGGAGGGAGGGAGGAAAAAAAAUUCAAUCUUGAUGAAAAAAAAUACUUUCUAUCAGGGAGAUUGUGAGGGGCAAGCAGGAAGCUGAGGCCGUCGGAAGGGGAAGCUCCUGGUUGUCUCAGCUUCCGUUUGCCUCAAGGUGAGGGAAAGGGGAUGGGUAAAAGCUGAGUGAGUGAUAGGAAAUGUUGGGGGAUAAAAAAGAAAAGAAAAAAAGAAAAAAGUUUGAAAACA